AUGAAGGUGAAAUCGAAAGCAGAACUAAAGGUCCUUGUCAAAGAGAACAAGUCUCUCCGUACGACUCUAUCAGAAUUGAAACAAGAGUUUAGCCGAGCGAUGAAAGAAAAAUUGGAAAUGGAGGAGGACUUGAACAACAACUUGUUGAAGCUUGGAGCUGGUACUGUGGUAGGAGCAGCUAUAAUCAAAGACAGAAGCGUUUUGUUCCCAGAGAUCACAACACCCAAUCUCACUCAAGCACUCUUCAUUAUAAUAGCUCCUGUUGUAGUCUCUCUCUGUUAUACUUUUUGA